AUGGUCGUUUUGAACCCAUGGAAGGAGAACUUGAAGGACACUCCCAAGGAGAGCCUUAACUGGCGUCUCUGGUACGGUGUCUUUGUUUUCGGUCUCAUGGGCGCUGCUCGUGGUAUCGACGAAGGUCUCAUCGGUACCACAGCUGAACUAGAUCCUUUCAGACGCAAGUUCGGACUUGAUGACCCCAACAAGAGCGAGCACGAGAUUGCGGAGCUUCUAUCAAACAUCACAUCCAUGGUGCAGAUGGGCUCUAUCCUAGGUUCUCUGAUUGCUUUCUUCAUCACCGACAAGAUUGGACGUCUUUGGGCUACUCGACAACUCUGCCUCAUCUGGGUUAUCGGUAUCGUCAUCUUCCUUACCAGCUCUCUUACCGGUUCCGUCGGACAGAUCUACGCAGGCCGCUUCAUUGCUGGUAUUGGUAUUGGACAGACCACCGUCGUUGCACCGACUUAUCUGGCUGAGACCGCACCGAGGGCCAUUCGAGGUCUUUGUGUCUGCGCUUUUGCUGGUUCAGUCUACAUUGGUAUCAUGCUUGCCUACUUCGCAUCUUGGGGAUCGUCCAUUCACAUCUCGUCUGCCACGGACGCCCAAUGGCUCGUACCAAACAGCAUGCACCUCAUGUUCGCUGGUAUCAUCUUCUCGCUCUCAUGGUUUGCCCGUGAGAGUUCUCGUUGGUUGAUUAAGGUCGGUCGUCAUGAGGAGGCGCUUGACAACCUUGCUCUGCUCCGCAAGCUUCCCGCCGACCACCCCUACGUCGUCUCGGAGAUCAUGGACAUCAACGACCAGCUCAACCGCGAGCGUGAAGCUACCAUGGGCACGACAUGGCUCGGACCGAUCCGUGAGCUUUUCUCCAGCAAGGCCAACCUCUACCGCAUUCAGUUGUCGGUCAUGUCGCAGUUGCUUGCCCAGUGGUCUGGCGCGAACAGCAUCACUAUCUACGCUCCCCAGUACUUCGCCAUGAUGGGUACGACCGGCCAAAACGAGAAGCUCUUCGCGACAGCCAUCUUCGGUGUCGUCAAGUUUGUCAGUUCCAUGCUCUGCGCAUUCUUCCUUAUCGACUUCCUCGGCCGUAAGCGCUCCCUCGCCACUGGUAUCACACUACAACUCGUAUCCAUGCUUUACAUGGCCAUCUUCCUUCUCAUCGACACUGGCGUCUCCGACGGCGAGCCGCAAUCAUCAAGCCAGAAACACGCGGCCAUGGGCGCCAUCGUCAUGGUCUACUUCUCUGGUUUCGGUUGGGCUCUAGGAUGGAACUCGAUCCAAUACCUCAUCAACUCCGAGAUCUACCCUCUCCGUCUGCGUGCGCUGGGUGGUUCCAUCGCCAUGACAUUCCACUUCGUCAACCAGUACGGUAACUCCAAGGCUGUGCCCCUCAUGUUCAUUUCCAUGACUCAUGGUGGUACUAUGAUGUUCUUCUCUUGCGUUACUGCUGUUGGUCUUAUUUGGGUUUACUUCUUCCUUCCCGAGACUUCUGGAAAGUCGCUCGAGUCGCUCGACGAGAUGUUCAACCUUCCCUGGCACCUUAUUGGUCGCAAGGGUGCGGAGCUUACAAAGGGAUCUGGUGGCAUGGCCGAUAUGCUGGAUGAGGCUGGUGAGAAGGCUGUUACAUACGAGAUGGAGAACGCUGGUGGUGCUGAGACGCAGCAUCACCGCAUUGAGCAGAAAGUUUGA